CGGAUAUAUCACGAUCACGAUUGAGUGGAGGUUAUGAAUGCGUUCAAACGUUAGUAACACUAACUAGAUGAUUACAGCAGGAAUACGGCAGGAAGUUCGUGAAUUGGUUCCAGUGCGGUUAUUUGUUGGUUCUAGUUUCCAUUCGAAAUAUAAAGAAAAUAUGAUGAACCCUUGUGUGAUACCGGAGCCUCCAGAAGAUAUUAUUGGCGAUGGACGAUGGAUGUCUAUGCACAAUCGUUUCGUUCAAGAAGCCAAAACAAGCGAAUCUGAGGUGCUUUUUAUAGGUGAUUCGAUUAUACAACAAUUACAGUUCAGCACACUAUGGACCGAAAAAAUUAGUGCUCUACAUUGCUUGAAUUUUGGAAUAGGUGGAGAUAGGGUAGAAAAUGUUUUAUGGAGAGUCCAAAAUGGAGAACUAGAAUUCAACACAAAAAUGAAAGCAGUAGUCUUAUUCGUAGGGACAAAUAACAUCGACUGCACUCCUCAUGAAAUUUUUGAAGGAAUUUUAGAGAUCAUUAAGGAGAUAAAACAUAGGCUAGGAAAUGUCGCUAUAGUUUUACCGACUCUGCUGCCAAAGGGACAAUAUCCAAAUCCCCUGAGAGAUAGAAAUGAUCAUGUAAAUUUAUUUUUGCUUGAUAAAUUCUGGAAUGAAGCAAACGCUGAUGAAGUCACAGAAAAUGUUCAUGUGGUAGUUAUCGAUGAACAAAUAGUAGGCAAUGAUCAAACAAUAUCUCACCAUAUCAUGCACGAUUAUUUACAUCUAACUAAUAGUGGUUAUACUAAGGUUUUUAUGAAAGUUUACGAAAAGUUAUGUGAACUACUCAAAAUAAUUCCGGCCAAUUCUAAGUGAAUCAAAUUAUUCAUUUAUCCCUAUAAGAUACAUUCGCAAGCUGAGUGUCAUGUUCUUUCAUAUGUAUUUGUUUGCAUAAAAUCAAAUUGAUGGUAUUUUGAUCAUGCUGUUGAAAUAAUGAUCGAAAUCAAUUUUCAAAUUGCUGAUGAAUUGCCCAUAUUUUUAUAGUAACAUUACCCCUUUUAUGAUACGAAAAAGAAGAAAAAAAUUGUGAACGCUGCUUAUUCAAUAUGAAUGUUACGAUGCUAAAUAAUCGUAAUAUUCUGGUUUUGUAAUUUUCCACUAUCUCAGUGAAUAUUAUUGUAUUUAUUUUCAUUUCAUUUUCAUUUGGAAGUAUUUCAAUAAAACAUUUUAUUAAAUA